GCAGACAGAAGGGUGGGAUCCUCGGGCCGUGAGGUAUCUUCUAGCGAGGGGUGCGUACUACAAUCCUGAUGGUUCCCUUGGUUUUCGUGAUCGUGAUGCUGAGGAUCUAGGACGCAAGAUUCAGGAAGCACACGAGGCUGCUUCCACAGGCGCUUUCGUGCCAGACAGGGAGAACGAUGUGCUGACUCGAGCACUUGGAUCCAAAGAGCACCCAGGCCGCACACGUGGGACCGGCAAUGUUCCAUGGAGGUUUGCCUUCCCCGAACAUUUGGGCACAUACAGGAGCCGUGGGAGGAGGAAUGCUCAACAACAGGCCGAGUGGCAAAGUCUUUUACAAGCUGUCCGUGAAGAAAUAAAUGCAACGAAUGAGAAGGUUUGGGCUGAGCUUGUGGAAUCACUUUCCCGUGGUGCUCCCUUGGCACCAGGAGAAGCAAUGAGAGAUGCUGCGCCAGAUCUUACAAGUCCACGAGGGUUGGUUCGGAGUAGCUGUGGGAGCACUGCAUUGCUUGAGGAGGAUGUUGGAGUCACCUUCCCUGUGGAUAAGAUCACACAACCAACAACCUGCAAGCUAUACAUCCAUCAGAAGUUCUUUGAUAUGAAGGUGGCUGUAGGUCAGGCUUGGCCAACCGGCGAAGGGGUUAUGCUGCAUAAUCGCCCUUUACCUGAAGGUUAUGCAAAGGUUACCGUUGAUUCUCUUGUUAAGAGGAAAUACAAAAAUGUGGAGUUGGAUAUCCCCGGUGAUGACAGUAGGUUGCUAGGGGAUAACAUCGGAGGAUUUGUGGCGUGGCGUAAAUGCUACAUAAUAUUUGAAUCAGAAUCUGAGUCAUCCGAUGAUUAUCCUCGAGAGUCACCGGAGAGGGACCUACCUCCUUCACCAAAGUCCAAAAGAGAAUCAAGCCCGCCGUCACCUCAAAGAGAGCUAACUCCUCCUAGCCCUCCGAAAAAAGGCGAACAUCAUCGAGAACACAGAAAAUAUCAUCUCAGAAGCAAUAUUCAGAACUAGCAGAAAAGCCAGAGGGACCAUGUGAAGGGACGGGCAAGAAACAGGUGAGUGGAAGCAUAACAACGCUCCUCAAAGAAAAAGGAAAGAAAGGAGAGGAGGACUUCAUAGUCCCCAAAGGUGCAAUGGACCAUUUAUUAAACUUAAUGAAAGUGCCGCAAACUGGAAAUAAUCAACCUCCGCUUUCAGACUAUGAGCGAACUAUGAAUAUAGAGAGGUGGCGUGAAGGAACCCGAGCUGCACACAAGUUAAAUGUAGCUGAACGGGCCGCAUUUUGUGAACAAAACAACAUGACAGAGUUAGAACUUCUUCAAAUUGAGUAUGGAGAAGAUUGGUGGAAACAACCAUUGCCACUACCACCGAUUACCUGGCAAUUUGAAAUGGGGAAAGAUCUGGUGGCCCCAGAACAAAUCCCGAAGCUACCCACAAGAAUGCGACAGUUACAUUCUUGGUACAAGAUGCAAAAAGGUAAGCUGUUUGGGGCAAGUUAUCUUCAUGAAGAUCUUCAUAAGGGGGAAGGCAGAGUGUGGGUUGAAUUCGAGCACUUGUAUCAUUUCUACCAACAGGUUGCUCUCGAUGUCUCAAUUAUGACCUUGUGGACUGUGUAAGUAUCCUCACUACUGAUCAUCUGUCGUCAUUUAUCACUCAUUAGCAUGUUUAACUUUUCAUCAUUCUUUUCUAGAAUGGAGUCACACAAAUGUAGACGAAGUGGGAUUAACAAUAUAGGCUUCUUGGACCCUAGCACCGUACAUGAGAACUCAGUCCACUUACCAAGUACUGUUGACUACUUGUACAAAGCUUUCCUCUCCAUGCAGGAUAAAAGAUCCAUACUUCUUUCAUACAAUUGCUUUUAUCAUCAUGUCCUACUCGAUAUCAGCCUUAGCGAUAGUCGAAUCGAGGUUUCUGACUCACGAAAGAGGCCAUUAUCACUAAUCCAGCCUGUCAUUGAUGUCCUCAACAAGGCCUUCGCUAAGUACCGUAAGAAAAACAAAAUCCAUAGACCUUUUUGGGGAGACUUCACUGUAGAAGAGGCUAAAUACAUCCUCAAGCAGCCUCCGGGCAACAAUCACUGUGGGUUCUAUGUAAUGCAUUACAUGCACUGCUACACCGGCGAUUGCAGAAGCGCCGAAAUGAACACUGAGUUGGAUUCAGGUGAAUUGCUCAUGGACGAGCUAGUAGCACUUCAAGAAGAACUAGCCGGAUGGCUUGUGGACUAUGUGGUGAAACCAGGACCUGAGUACAACAUAAUCUAGGUGUAAUGCAUAGAUCGCAUCGUUCUUGUCA